UAGAGAGAGAGAGAGAGAGAGAGAGUGACAGAAGGAAAGGAACACUCUUCACCAGCAUAUGUGACACUCUUCUCCAUAUUCCAUAUCCUUCUUUCUGUGGAUGAGAGCUACCACUUCAAUGGCAUUUCCGCAGCUUCUGCACUCUCCGUCUUCUUCCUCUCUCACUCCCAAGCCUUGCCUAAACCCUAAUUCGCUAAACCCUAACCCUAGAUCUGUGUCCCUCACGCCGUCUCCGCCCGGCCGAUGCCAGCGCCGGCGGAAGCCUGAUUCCCUCCGGUGCUCGGCGUCGUCCUUCUCGGAGAAGCACCACACGGGGUCUCCCAAAUCCGACGACGUCGUCGAGCUCCCGCUGUUUCCCCUCCCUCUCGUGCUCUUCCCCGGCGCGAUUCUCCCGUUACAGAUCUUCGAGUUCAGAUACCGCAUGAUGAUGCACACUCUUCUGCAGACUGAUCUUCGGUUUGGUGUCAUCUAUUCGGACUCCGUCACGGGCACCGCCGACGUCGGCUGCGUCGGCGAGGUUGUUAAGCACGAGAGGCUUGUCGACGACCGGUUCUUUUUGAUAUGCAAGGGACAGGAGCGGUUCCGAGUGACGAGGCUGGUCCGGACGAAGCCGUACUUGGUGGCGGAGGUGGUGUGGUUGGAAGACCGCCCGUCCGGUGACGGAGCCGAGGACUUGGAGUCUCUGGCGAAUGAGGUGGAGACUUAUAUGAAGGAUGUGAUUCGGUUGUCGAAUCGGUUGAACGGGAAGCCCGAGAAGGAGGUCCAGGACUUGCGCCGGAACUUGUUUCCGACGCCAUUUUCGUUCUUUGUUGGGAGCACGUUUGAAGGCGCGCCGAGAGAGCAGCAGGCGCUGCUUGAAUUGGAGGAUACAACGACGAGAUUGAAGAGGGAGAGAGAGACGUUAAGGAAUACCCUUAAUUACUUGACCGCUGCCUCUGCUGUUAAAGAUGUGUUUCCGUCUUCAUAGGAUUGGGGGACAUAGUACAGAGCGUAAAGAGCUAGAGUACGAUGAGAAAGUAAUAGGUAUUUAAUUCUUGCUCAUGUGUAUUUAUCACACUCGAAUGAUCUAAGAACUGUAAAUUUUGAUACUUAAAUUUGGUCUAUUUCCCUAAUUUUCAGAUACUAGGUAUGCGAAAUGCGUAGCCAUAAGUUAAAAGAUAUCUGUAAUGUUAAGUGCUCU